GUAUAUAAUAAUAUUUUAGAAACGUUUCUACAUAAAAUCACGUGCUGCAAGGAACGAUAUCAUGAGAUUUCCUUUGUUCGCUACAGUAUUUGUGAAAAAUAAUAAAAAUAACAUUUUUUCGAAAUUACUUCUAUCUUGAAUUCAAUUUAUCUAGUUUUUUUUAAUAUAAAGAAAAAUGGACUUCCUUUAUUCAGAUUCUUAUCAAUGAUAUAGGCAGAACAUUGUAACAGCAACAGGAUCUACUGGUGUUAAUGAAACUUACACUGAACGGUUUAGACAAUGCUUGACCAUGCAUAAGAAUGCCCUCCAAUUAUUCGAGAUGUUAGAUGACAGCAGCCGCAGGAGUUUCUUUUUCCAAAUUUUACUAACUAUGGUCGGUAUGACCAUAACAGCCGUACAAGCAGUUAUAAAUCUGCAUCGACCCGAAGAAGCUCUCAGAAUUGGACUGUUUCUUGUGGGCCAACAAUUCCAUUUGCUUAUUAUUACCCUACCUGGACAAGUAAUCACGGAUUAUAGUUUCGAGUUGACUAAUAAUAUAUACCGCUCAAUGUGGUACAACAUGCCAAUAAAUGUUCAAAGAGUACUUCAUAUGAUGCAAAUAAGAUCUUGUAAACCAUGUAAGUUGACAGCAGGAGGGAUAUACGAAAUGAACAUAGAGAAUUUUGGAAUAACAUUUAAGACAUGCGUAUCAUACUUCAUGGUGCUCCUAUCAUUGAAAGACUAAUUCGUUCUCGGAAGAAGUUCAUCCUGUCAAUCCUGUUUUUGAUGUAAAAGAGUAACGAACAAUGAUCAUCAAUUGAUACGAAUAUGGCAAUGCGUAUCUACAUAGUAGCUAGUUAGAUAUAUAUAUAUAUAAUAAAAAGGUGUAAAUCAAUGUAUGGUACAAUAAAUAAACAUACACAUAAACAAAGCGCUUAUUUCGGUAUUACUGUUUAAGCAUGAGAACAAUAUUGUCUUGUCUUUUUACUUUGUUCUUUCAUUAAUUUCAAUAAAAUAGCACAAAACACUAAUAGUAUUUUCUAAGUAAAAUACCUAACGAUACUUGUAUCAUAAUUUCAUGCUUGUCAGUUUUUAUAAUUUCAAAUUCAAUGCUCAUAAGCCCAACAUAAAUUGGGAAAAUGAAACUUAGCAAGAUCAUUUUUUGUGAAGGAACAAACAUUUUAAACUUGUGAAUUUCAGCAAUACACACUACGUAAAAUUAAAAUCAGUGUUAUUUAUGCAAAGUAUGAGAUUUUUAAAU